UGUCGUAGCAAGGUGUCUGUGUGGAUGACCGCAGCGUCACGGCGAGCAGCCGCGGGGGCAGCCCCCCGGGGAGGUGGAAAGGGAGCCGGGGGGCCAGUCCUAGAAGCCAAAGAAGGAGUGUGGAGGGUGUUCCGCUGCGUCAGCGAGGCCCGAACCGCCCUCGGGAGGAGGAGCCUGGGGUCCAGCGCCGCGCCAGCCGCCCUGGCUUCCCAACCGGGGACACCGAGCGCUCUGCGCCCGCAGACGCGGCGGGGGUCGCCGGGCUAGGUCUGGGCCGGCGGCCCUCCCCAGGCGGGCCUCCUCUGGUGUCGAGCGGCGGGGCGGAGCGGGCGGGGACGCCGGCCACGCCAGCGAGCUCCCCGGCGCACGGCUCGCGGCCCCGCAGGAGAGCCGGCUUCCUUUGUGCGCACGCGCGCCGCCCGGGCCGGGAGGGGCGGGGCCUGGACGGGUCGAGGGGCGGGGUCGGGGCCCGGGCCCGCCUCCCCGAGCUCCUGCGAGCCGCCGAGCGCUGGGCACGCCAGCUCUUCUAGGGGCUUCAGUCAGAGGCGCCGCCCAAGAGACCCUGGGCCCGCGCCGCGCGCGGCCGCCUCUCCGCGUUUGCCUGUCCGUCUUUGUGUCUGUCUCUGUGUCUGUCUGGCUGUGUCCGAACUUGCCACCACCUCCAAAACUAAGCCUCCCGGACACUGACACCGGCGAACUCUCGCCCCUUUCCCAUGGCAGGCUACUUGCCCCCCAAGGGCCACGCCCCUUCACCCCCUCCUCCCUACCCUGUGACGGCUGGGUACCCGGAGCCGGCGCUGCACCCCGGGCCCGGGCAGGCACCAGUGCCCCCCCACAUGCCUGCCCCUGCGCCCGGCUUCUCUCUUUUCCCUUCGCCCGGCCCCGGGGCCCCAGGGCCUGCUGCCCCGUUCUUGCCACUGCCCGGGGUGCCUUCCGGCCUCGAAUUCCUGGUGCAGAUUGAUCAGAUCUUGAUUCACCAGAAGGCCGAGCGAGUGGAAACGCUCCUGGGCUGGGAGACAUGUAACCGGUAUGAACUGCGCUCGGGGGCCGGACAGCCCCUGGGGCAGGCGGCCGAAGAGAGCCACUGCUGCGCGCGCCUGUGCUGUGGCGCCCGCCGGCCCCUGCGUGUCCGCGUGGUGGACCCCAGUGAUCGAGAGGUGCUGCGUCUGCUCCGCCCCCUGCACUGUGGCUGCAGCUGCUGCCCAUGUGGCCUCCAGGAGAUGGAAGUACAGGCCCCUCCCGGCACCACCAUUGGCCACGUGCUACAGACCUGGCAUCCCUUCAUCCCCAAGUUGUCCAUCCAGGAUGCCGAUCGCCGGACCCUCCUGCGCGUGGUGGGGCCCUGCUGGACCUGUGGCUGUGGCACAGACACCAACUUUGAGGUGAAGACUCCGGAUGAAUCACGCAGCGUGGGCCGGAUCAGCAAGCAGUGGGGGGGGCUGCUCCAAGAAGCCCUCACCGAUGCGGAUGACUUCGGCCUGCAGUUCCCGCUGGAUCUGGACGUGAAGGUGAAGGCAGUGCUGCUGGGAGCCACGUUCCUCAUUGACUACAUGUUCUUCGAGAAGCGAGGAGGCGCUGGGCCCUCUGCCGUCACCAGUUAGAGGCCACCUCAGGGCGAGGGGACCAUCACCUCAACCAGAAUCCAGGAUGGCCACCUGUCAGAGGCGGCCGCUUUCCGCGACGUUUGCCGCAGGGGACAGACGGGGAUGCCCGAGAGUCUAGGGGCCACGGCGCCCUACCCCUACCCCGGUCCCCUGGCCUCCUUCGCCUUGGCCCCUGGGGAAGGGUAUGUACGAGAACCCUUCUCCCUCGCACCGCUGUCUCUCCGAGCCCUUGGCACACAGGCAUGUCCGCUUUCUCCUCCCUUCCCCCGGCCCCCUUCCGGGGCCUGUGCUCCAGAUCCGGCCUUGGGAAUCCAGGGCCCUCAGGCUUUCUGGCAGGAGCUGGGUGGGCAAGGGUUUGCAGCACCAAAGAUGGCAGGCGUGACCGCUCUUGCCCCACAUCAGCUUGGCCAGUCGGUUCAACCUCAGACCGUGGCGCUCUGAGGGGAUCCCCGCCUCCCCCAGGCCCUGCCCACAGCCGGUGCUUCGCGCAGCUUCCUCCGGAGCCUUAAGCACCCCAUCCUGCCCUUUGCCUUAGGAAGGAGGCUGUAUCUUUGUAUGUUAUAUUCAUAUAAACUUUGUAACUUUUUGGA